AGACAGAUUCUGGAAGGGAAAAGAUGUAGACAUUUCUAUCAGCAGACUCGCCCAUGGGGUUUGAGAGAAUGACUUUAGUAUUGUAACCUAUACUAUGCUUGUAUUCAUGUAUCCGGCUAUGAUAUAUAAAAUGUAAAAACGAACUGUUACAUUGUUAUUCCUGGUGAGGCAAACGUCUUAACUGAGAAAACAGUAAGAAGUAUAACACAAUGUGAAAUGUAAGGAAAGACAAACAGAGACAAAUUCUAGACAAUCACAAGGCUUCUUAGAUAUGUAAUAAGAAAAGAUGCAUGGGUCAUACGUAGGAUGUGGCGACCGAAAUUACUGGCCCGCUCUCCACGUCUGAAAGACCCAUGGUGCUACAUAUCCUAUUUGGUGCACAUGACUACGAAAUCGAGUACCCUGGAAGAAGAAAAUCCGUACCAACCAGCAUCAGGAAACAAAUGGCAGAAAGAAAUCUGGUGGAAAAACAAAUUUGUGGAAAAACAAACAGAAAUCUGGUGGAAGAAAAAAGUUUGGUGGAAAUAUUCUUAAAAUUAGCCUGUUAUUCCAAAAAUGAAAUGAGGUUUAACGUCCUGCUGUUCUGCUUGUUCUGGAAUAAUGAAGACGGACAUGUGUCAUGCAGGGUACUAUGAAGAGAGCGUGGAAAGGCAUAGAAAAUAUUAGAUUGUGUGUUUGGGCUUAAAAGCGAUCAAUAUAAAUUAGACGAUAUUGUGAUUUGAAAUCAAGGCAGGCAUACGUCAUGCAGUGUGAUAUGAUUUUGCCCGGGCAGCAGCACUAUACUCUUAUUUCGAAUUCCAACUAUUAAGUGUUAUUUUACGUGCACGCCUAUGUGUACACGUUACCUCAGUGUUUUGUCCCAUCCGACCGACUAUAGGUCGCUCAUUGUAACGCGAUCCGUCCUGCAUCACUGACAAUGAAGACCCCCCGAUGAAUUUUCUGGGUCAUCGGGAUUUUCCGACAUGGUUCAUCUUGUCAGUGGUGCAGGACUGAGAACAUGACAUGCACAGCUGUCUAGUCGUUCGGAUGGGACGAAAACAGAUUAGUGUACACAUUAGCGUGCACGUAAAGAUCCCUUAGAAGUUGGAAUUCGACUUAUUAUAAGUCAACAGGAUUCAGUCUCUCCGCUACGGGUCCACACAGAAGGUCACAGAACGAUGAGAAUCAAUAGGGUUCACAAGUGCAUUAUAAUUCUGGGAUGCUGAAUAUCAUCAGGGUUUACCCUUUCCUCUGCGAUCCCACAUGGAAGGUCACAGGGUUUUCCCAUGCUUCACACCAGUUGGUGUAGAAAGGAAUGACGUUCAACUUCAUUUUAUUGCAUUUCCAAAUUUAAACAAAAAAUCGACGAAUGCUGUAAAUCGGUAGGGUUUCCUUCACACCAAACUUGAAAAAGCUAUAAUAAAACUGUAGCCAAUAUUGCUUUAACAAAGUUUUCAGAAAAAGGGGCAUAACUGAUUGGACACAUGACACUGAAUAUCGAUAGCAUCAAUCUUCUUAGGACCCCAAUGCUUCACACCCAAUCUUUAAAAAAGCAAUUCAGUUAAAAACGAUAGACUCGACCGAGAGAGACAGCAUAUUACACACACACACACACACACUGAAAUGUGGGCGUAUAAUAAUAUACCUGAGAUGACAAGAAAGGAAUGAAUAUGACCCGGUACAACUUAGUUUACACAGUUAACAACAAGUACACCUGCCUACUGAUUGUUUAAUAUGUGCAUACCUAUAACGGUAGAUAUAUAGGGAAUAUAUAAGAACCAGGCACCGAAAUGGUUCUAGUGUGUGGCAUUUGUUGGAAUCAUCUUCCGAAAAUGUUGCGGUUUUCUAAAAGGCGUUUCCUUAUGUUUGUGUCAGCAAUCGGCAUUAUGUUUACCUUUAGAUACUUUUAUAAUCAGUUCGAAGUAAGUGUAGACAACGAAUUGACGAAACGCGAUACGGCUAGUAGUCAACACAGAAGUCCAGAACGCAGUAGCAGGAAAUAUGAUUUAAAUGACACACACGAUUUACAAAAACUCUUCGAUGAUUUCAACAAGGAUCAGAAAAUAAGAAACUCAAACUAUAACUUGGAUUUAUCGGAUUCUGGAAUUGUUAUUUUAGUGCAAGUUCAUGACCGGGAAAAAGAAUUGAAAAUGUUAGUAGAUUCUUUGAAAAAUGUCAAGGACAUAGAAAAAUGUUUGGUCGUUUUCAGCCAUGAUCUCUUUUUGCCUAAGAUCAAUAACGUUAUUGAAAGCAUUGAUUUUUGUUCCGUUAUGCAAAUUUUUUUUCCAUAUGCUGAACAAAUAAUGAAAAAUAAAUUUCCAGCAGAUUCAGCGAGUGACUGUCCACGCGACAUAGGAAUUGAAAAGGCGAAAAAAAUGGGAUGUACCAAUGCCGAUCAUCCAGACCAGUACGGGCAUUAUAGAGAAGCAAAGUUUACACAAACAAAACAUCACUGGGUUUGGAAACUUAACUUUGUAUUUAACAAGAUACACAGGUUAAAGGAUUUCAAGGGUUUAGUGCUUAGAAUUGAAGAUGAUUAUUAUCUAGGUCCAGAUAUAUUGGCUGUCAUACGAAUGAUGAACCAACAUGAAAAAGUCAGUGGCGGCUUAAACAUAAAUAAAAUAUUGAUAAUGGGAAAUUAUGAAGAUUAUAAUGACAAUGAAUAUUUCCGUGGCGGAGACAGGUUUACGUCCGAUUAUUGGCACACUGGAAUAGGGAGGGGUAUGACCUUUAAUAAAGAUCUGUGGCAAAAGAUAUCCAAUUGUAGAAAAAUAUUCUGCACAUUUGACGAUUAUAACUGGGAUUGGAGUCUUCAGAAAUUGAUAGACACUUGUUUGAAUGGAUUAUUUGUUUUAAGGCCAAUCGGAAGUCGUGUGUUUCACGUCGGUAAAUGUAACGGGUUCCACAGACAAAAUCUUUGCUCUUCUGAUGAUAUUUUAUCGAAUAUCACGAAUUAUUUAAAACGACAUCACCUGUACAUGUUUCCCCCAAAAAUGAUCUUCAUUAAUGAUAACCCAUUUCCGCGAAGGAUGUACCAUCAGGUGGGGAAUGGGGGCUGGGCUGAUCCAAGAGAUCACAAUUUAUGUUUGACAUUGUUUAACAACAGUUAAAUUGUAAACUUCUGAAGAACAAAAUGCAAUAAAUGAAAUAAAAUAGGUUUUCGCGUUCUACAUUUGUGCUCCACCAGGGCUUUUGAAGACUGACAUGCACCGUGCCUUAAGUAUUGUUUCCCGGCCUACUCUUAUUUUGGGAUUCCAAUGUUUCAUGGGUUCUUUUACGUGCAAUGGAACCACCAGGCCCUCCACCAUCUUGAAUGUGCCGCGGAGAGUCACAUAUGUAUUCAUUACCACCAACUCAUCGUCAUGUCAUCUACAUAAAAAAUGUGAUCCGGCGUGUUGCUUUUUGUAAUCGCUGAUAUGAAAGCUAUAAGAGCAUAAAUUACAUGUGUGUAUAUAUAUAUAUACAAAAAAAUAAUUAAAUAAAAUAUGGACUAAAGACUGACUGAAUGUUCAGCGCUAUAGAAAACGAUUAUUAUUAU